AUGGCAUCGUAUUCUCCUCCGACCUCGCACUCGAAUCAGCCGCAGUCCGAUACCGAGAACUGGUUAUUCCUAGGGAAUCCAGGCACGGGCAAAUCCACGCUCAUUAACUGUCUGAUCGGCGAAGCGAAGUUUGAGGCCGCGCUUCGAGCAUGGCAACAUCGUGUACAUCGAUACGCAGGAUUGGCCGACACGGAGUUGCGCGAGACGGCUGCAAAGUCAAUCAAGGAGGCACUUCAAGAAGAUGGCAUCUACAAAAUCUUCUUCGUGGUCACUUUGCAGCAGGGUCGCGGCAAACCCGAUGACAUUGCGACCAUCACGGAGGUCCUGGACUCAGUUCACGCGCCCAAUAUCGAGUUUUCCAUCAUCGUUAACCAAUCCGGAAAAAGAGUGCACGAGCUCAUGAUGAAGAUGGGCGACGAGUACAAGGGUGUAGUGCGGUCCCUUUACUCGGGUAAAUACAGCACGGGGUCUAUCCUCUUUUUACCCAUGCUAGGCACGUUAAACGAAGUCGACAACGCCUUAAUAAACGUGCCGGACGAGUUGGAGGUGUUCCUCCGUACUAAAGGCAGGGCCGCCGAAAAAUAA